GAUAUGGCGGAUUCCUCACCCUCAAGUACCACAGUUUCAAGAACUGCCCUUCUCCUUUUGAGGGUCUUAACCUUUAUCUUUCUUUUCAUUGCACUCAUUCUCAUUGCUGUAGCCAAACAAACUGAUGAUAACACUGGGGAAAAAAUCAAGUUCAGUGAUUUCUAUACCUAUAGAUAUAUGAUCUCGACUAUAAUCAUUGGAUUUGUGUAUAAUCUGCUGCAAAUGGGGUUCUCAAUCUUCACUGUGGUAUCAGGAAAUCGUGUGUUAAGUGGUGAUGGUGGUUAUCUGUUUGAUUUCUUUGGUGACAAGAUCAUAUCGUACUUUCUGAUUUCUGGUUCAUCUGCUGGAUUUGGUUUGACAGUGGAGUUGAGAAGAGGUGCACCCUCCAACUCAUUUACAGACAAGGCACACGCUUCAGCCAGUCUUCUUUUGAUUGGGUUUCUGUUCACUGCCAUGGCAUCGACUUUCACUUCCUUUGCUUUGUCAAAGAAAACUAAUAGUAGUUAGCUUAAUUUAGUUAGCUUAAUGCAGAAAAAUAUAGUGAUGUAUAAACUGAAAAUUCUUUCUUAUUCCAUCCAUGGUUAAUCUAUGGUUCAAUUUCUUUUGUUUGUCACUCAAUUGUGGAUUUAUUUUUACCUUGUCUAUAUAUCUUUUUGACUGUACUUCUCUUUCUGAAUAUAUGAAACUGCUGUGUUCUU